UUAGCUGUGUAAGCAUGCGCAGUCCGCAUGUAUUGUUUGCGGGAAGCAUUGUGUUGUGUUUACAAAAAUAGUUUCGUUUUGUGAAGUACAUGAAAACAGAAACAGAUCUUUGAUACAUCUGAUAAUUUUCCCAUUUUUUUACAAAAUUCUUCAUUGACUGCAUAUCUGCUACAAGUUAUUUAGCUGUUGAGAAUCACUAUAUUUGGGGCUUUUAUCACUUAUCGUAGUUUAGUUCAACAUAUCUGAGAGGUAUUUAGCCAGUAUGUCUUCUGAGACCCCAGGUAAACCAACGUCUGAAACAUUGGAUAUUAAACCGCCUUUGACAUCUCAAUCUGAAGUGAGCUCUGUACCAAGUAGUCUACCAUCUGGAGCACCAGCAUCUAGCGCAUCUAAGUCUCAGUCACAACCUCUGAAACCAAACUACUCUCUCAAGUUCACAUUAGCUGGUCAUACAAAAGCAGUGUCAUCUGUGAAGUUCAGUCCUAGUGGAGAAUGGCUAGCAAGCUCAUCUGCUGACAAACUGAUCAAGAUUUGGGGUGCAUUUGACGGCAAGUUUGAAAAAACUAUCAGUGGUCAUAAACUGGGUAUAUCUGAUGUGGCGUGGUCCACUGAUAGUAAAUUAUUGUGUAGUGCUUCUGAUGACAAAACAUUAAAAAUUUGGGAUUUUGCCACGGGCAAGUGUAUGAAGACCCUGAAAGGUCAUAGUAACUAUGUGUUCUGUUGUAACUUCAAUCCACAAUCUAACCUUAUUGUCUCAGGAUCAUUUGAUGAGAGUGUACGUAUAUGGGAUGUAAAGACUGGAAAAUGUUUAAAGACUCUACCAGCCCACUCUGACCCAGUUACAGCAGUUCAUUUUAACAGAGAUGGUUCCCUUAUUGUAUCUAGUAGUUACGAUGGUUUAUGCCGUAUAUGGGAUACAGCUUCUGGUCAGUGUUUAAAAACGUUGAUAGAUGACGAUAAUCCACCAGUAUCAUUUGUUAAGUUUUCUCCUAAUGGAAAAUACAUAUUAGCUGCCACUCUAGACAACACAUUAAAGUUAUGGGAUUACAGUAAGGGGAAGUGUUUAAAAACCUACACUGGUCACAAGAAUGAAAAGUAUUGCAUUUUCGCCAAUUUCUCAGUCACUGGUGGAAAGUGGAUAGUAUCCGGAUCAGAAGACAACAUGGUGUAUAUCUGGAAUUUACAAACGAAAGAAAUUGUGCAAAAAUUACAAGGACAUACAGAUGUGGUUUUAUGUUGUGCCUGCCAUCCCACAGAGAACAUCAUCGCAUCAGCAGCUCUAGAGAAUGACAAAACUAUAAAACUGUGGAAAAGUGACGUAUAGCAUUCAAACGCAUAUAUCUCAUAGUGUCAUAACUUAUAACUGGGGCAGCUGUUCACAUAGCACCCGUUACAUUACCAUCGUCAUUAUUGUGGAAUUGUUGUUGCCCUGGGCAAAGCAUCAUCGUGAAAUUAUAAAUGUCAAGCUGCGAUCAAACCGGAUUAAACAUGCUCAAAAUUGUUCACGCCUCAAGAUGUACUCGUGAAUUUUUUUGUAUCGUCAUGAGAAUCACCCCAAAAAAGAGUCUAAAGUAACUUGAGUGUGAAUGGUGUAGCUUUAAUUGUUAAAAAUGCAGUUUUUGUGAAUAAUAUUUAUGAUACAGGAUGGAAUUUCACUGAACUGGAGUUACUUUAUUUGUGAAAUGAAGUCUAAAUUGAAAUUCAGAAUUCUUGAAGUUUUUGUUUUUCUACAUAAAAUCAUGUAUUUGUACAGCGAAUGAAAUAAAGUAGUAAGUAAAUUUCCUAAAGGAUUGCAUCAGGUCACCAUUACAGAUUACUUUGUUCUGACAUUGUUAAAGCUCUAUAGUUAGUUACUGAAAACUAUCACUGUAUUAGUCUGGUUUAAAAAAAAAAAAAAACGUUUUAAAGUAAUUGUAAUCAAAUUAAAAUUUUCAUGGUGUAAUCGUAAUGUAAUUGAUUACAUUUUAUGAUUUAGAAGUAAUCAACCUUAUGUCUGCUGUGUGGCAAAUAUUUUGAAAAACACCAGAUUACUUUAGAACUUUCUGUAAUGUAUUCAUUUAUUAAGGUCAUAGGUCAUUACGUAUGAUAGAUACAGUGAUUGACAAGAUAAGUAGGUUAAAUGUUGUGUAAUAGUAUUAUUUUGUACAGAUCAUUUUCUUGUGACAAGGAGACGAAGAAAAUACACAUUUUUUACAAGGCGAUACAAGCUUGUAAGACUUUACUCAUUAGUCAUUACUUACAUUAUGUUAUGUCUACACUUCUAUAAUUUUGUAGUAUUAGUCAUACAUGUUUCUGUUUAAAUGUCUGUUUUCGUAAACUUUCUUUUGUUGAGUAAUGACUGUUAAAAAAAAGUGGAAGUAUUCAAAUUGUCCUUAUAUUGUUCCUGACCUCACAUUUGUAAGGUUAAGACUUUCAUACGAAAUUACUUCAAGUGUGAAUUCAAAAAUUUGAAAGAAGCAAAAGAUGUUUUGGGGGCUUAUUUGGCCAAUAAUUGUUCGUUAUAUUGAUAUUUUCCUCAUGAAUUAUCUCCCCUCAAUCGGUUAAAAGAUUGUGAAUUUGCAGGAUAAUUUGUAAAAUUGAGAUUCAUAGAAUAAAUUAUAGGCCAGAUUUACUUACAUCAUAAUAACCUUUAAAUACUAGUAAUAAAAUUUCGUAAAGGUUAUCAAUGCAAAAAAAAUAAAAAUAGUUAAGAAUAAGUGUCUGAUAUACACAUGUAUGUACUUUGAAAAAUGUGACGGAACAAAUCAUGUUGAAAAAAUUAAUUCCAGAUUUUAAAUACAGCCAAAUUUAUUAAAUCAGAUAUUUCUUAUUUUAUGUAAUUUCCUUUAUUAUUCAUUGUAAUAUAUAUAUUCAAUUUAAAUGGUAACUGUCAAUCGCAUUUGAUAUAUAUUUGUACGGAACCAGAAUCAUGAUUAAUAUUUUCAUUCCGAGUUAUGGUAUAUUUAUUAAGUCAAGUGUGUUGUGGACUACCAAGUGAUUUAAACAGAAAUAAAUAUUUUAAACUCAUUUUUUGUUGAAAUGAUAGAAGGUUUGUUAAAGACUCGAGAUUUUCUCUUCUUUUAUUUCUUCGAUGUAUGUUUUGUUGUUGAAUGUUGAACAAUUUUGUUUACUGUAAAUCAUUUUUGUAAUAAAAUAAUAAACAUAAAAUGACAUUUGUACAUGAUUCUCAUUUUUCAUUUUGGGCUGUGCAUAUUUUUUUACUACAUGAUGUAGAUGUCAACCCUUUUAUCUAGAUAACAAUAAACUUUAAACUGCAA